AUGCCGGAGGAUGACGACUCAGAUUCUGCUAAUGAGAUGGAGAUCAAAUCAGAGCCUUCUUCACCAACACCGGAAUCCGGAUCCCCAGUAGGGACAGUAGGGAUGGCCAGUCAACCGCCUGCUCCAGCUUCACCGGUCCAACCUAUUAUCAAUCCAAGUGAUGAGGUUCCAAUGUUGCAACUUCCUCUAAACGCACAAAGUAUCCGACUAGGGCAAAUCAGCACAUUAGGCCAACGCAGCAAGAACUCAAGUCAACCUACUGUCAAUCCAAGUCCAUCAGGUAACCAACCAACUCGAACCAGCGUCGAAACUGGACAAUCAACUAGUAUGCCCGGUACUCAACCGGCGGUUAGCACCCCGAACUCAACUCCAAGAAGAAGGCAAGAGACCAAGCCCCGGUCCAGCCGUAUAACACCUAAGGACGUGCUCUCAUUACUGCGCUCGGCAUUGCCAUACAAGUAUUUCAUCGAAAACCUCAGUUACAAAAAGGAAAUAUUCGAACGCAUUGCUGCGGACUACGAAGUCCAAUUCAAAUGCCAUGUUCACCCUACCACCGUCCAUAGGCACUUCAAAAUUGUUGUCCUGGAUUAUCGGAAAACAGAGCCAACCCCUAGAGAGCGAAUGCAUCUACUAGGGAUGCAUGAACUUGAACAAGAGCUCAUUCUUCAAGAAAUGUCCCACUGGAUGGCUGGGUGGGAGGCAAACCCUAAUAUGACUUGGUCUGAUGCGAAAUCUCGUGAAGCCACCGCUAUUGCAGCGUGGAUGGACAAAUUCGAGAGUUCUUCGGAUGGCUAUGAGCAAUCUGAAGAAAGCGCGGUUCUUGCAUUGAGAGGGACUCGGUUCCCGGGGCCUCUAUUUCGAUCUGACCCUAAAUUGAUUUCUGUGGAUGCUGAAGCUUGGAGAAUGAAGGUUUUGAAAAACCGAGCGAAAUACUUACCCCCUGGCGGGGUUCCUCAAUGGAGACAACCAUCGAAGCCAAGGCCUUCUGGUCCGACGAGACUUGGGGCGUUGGCUCGGGACAGAUAUAGAGGAAUUGAAUCACCUCGAACGCCGUCGCAUUCAGUUACGUCGCAUUCAGUUACGCAGCGUACUUUGCCGCCUCACAUCCCACCAAGAAAAGACUCACAGCCUCAAAAUGCAGGUACGAAGUAUGCGGAGUUUGCGACGCCGCAGGUGCCACAGGCGCCUCAGGAUGAUUCACGGAAUAUUGUAUGGAAACAGAUCACAACACCUCAGAUGCCAGACCGGUCAAUGUUACGCGAAACUGACAUAUCAACCCAAGCUACGCCUACCUACCCUGCUAUUUACCAUGCGCCACACAAUCCCCAACAGCCAGGUAGCCUUUUAAACACCUCAGCCCAAAGCACACCUUCUGCCCCCCCAGCUGCGCUUAAUCCCCCCGAUCCAGUCCCGCAGCACCCGACGAACCCAUCUAACGUGGUGGUAGAGCAAAUGACCGAGAGUCUGAACAGGAUCGGCGCUGCAGUGAUCGCAGCGGUUAAAGCUCAAGUUCAGGAUUCGAGCACAGUGUCUCACCCAGCGCAGACAGAUGUCUCGCGAUUGCAAAAUUCUGUCGAUCGAUUGACUGUUCAAGUUCAGAGCCUGGAAGCUCAGAUGAGAUUGUUGACCGAUGCGUUGCUGAAGAGGUGA